AACAAUUUUAGAGAGAGAAACCAAAGUAAAAGUUUCAGUACUUAUAGAGAGAGAAAGGUGAAGAAAAGAGAAAAACUUAUGAGAGAAUGUGAAAGGGUUUCUUAUCUCUUUCACUUUAGUCUUUAUACCUCUUCUUCUUCUUCUUCUUCUAUUUCUAAAUUUCCAAUCAAUCAUUUCACCACACAGCCACCACAGCUAGCGCCAAAUUUCUUCUCAUUGUAGCAAAUGUGCGGCUGAGAUUUGUUUGUUUUUUGGUAGCCGUUGGAUCUCGUGAUGGGAAGUGUAUCUUCAGAUGAUGGCUCUGAUCAGCAGAGCGUGCGAUGCGGGAGUUAUAGUUUGAGUGCUGACGUCAGCGAGUCCGAGAGUUGCAGUAGCUUUUCGUGUCGGCGGUUCGACGGAGAAGGUUGUUCGAGUUCGAUGACGUCAUCUCCGAGGUUACUGGCUGCUGGAGGGUUCGGUUUUCAGGUGCCGGUGAUGUUGCCGGUCAUCGGGGGGAAGGAUGUCGUGAUUUGGGAUGAUGAGAAGCCUGAGAAACGGGACAACAACUUGUCCGAAGUUGAGAUGAUGAAGGAGAGAUUUGCCAAGCUUCUUCUAGGAGAAGACAUGUCUGGAGGUGGGAAAGGAGUGUGUACUGCGCUUGCCAUUUCGAAUGCAAUCACAAAUCUCUCUGCGACCGUCUUUGGUGAGCUGUGGAGGUUAGAGCCUUUAGCACCGCAGAAGAAGGCAAUGUGGAGGAGAGAAAUGGAGUGGCUCUUGUGCGUGAGCGAUUCGAUUGUUGAACUUGUACCAUCGAUACAGCAAUUCCCUGGAGGGGGCACGUAUGAAGUCAUGGCAACAAGGCCACGCUCAGAUUUGUAUAUAAACCUUCCUGCCCUUAAGAAGCUGGACGCAAUGUUGAUUAGCAUGCUUGAUGGGUUUCUCGAGACUGAGUUUUGGUAUGUUGAUCGGGGGAUAGUUGUGGGUGAUGGUGGUGACUGUGAUGCUUAUCCAUCAUCUGUUUCUGGAGGGAGGCCCUCAAUUAGGCAGGAAGAGAAGUGGUGGUUGCCUUGUCCAAAAGUGCCACCGAAUGGUUUGUCAGAGGAUGCAAGGAAGAAGUUGCAGCAAUGUAGGGAUUGCACAAACCAAAUACUGAAGGCAGCCAUGGCAAUUAAUAGCAGUGUGCUUGCAGAGAUGGAGAUACCUACUGCUUACUUGGAGACCUUACCAAAGAAUGGAAAAGCUUGUCUAGGAGAUAUCAUCUAUCGCUAUGUAACAGCCGACCAGUUCUCGCCAGAAUGUCUCCUUGAUUGCCUUGAUCUGUCAACAGAACAUCACACCCUGGAAAUAGCUAACAGAAUUGAGGCAGCAGUACACGUUUGGAAGCAGAAAGAUCAUAGGAAACACAUGACUCAUGGAAAAGUUAGGCGCUCAUCGUGGGGUGGAAAGGUCAAGGGCCUUGUAGCUGACAAUGAAAAGAAUAAUUUUCUGGCCCAAAGAGCUGAGACUCUCUUACAUAGCUUGAGGCUUCGUUUUCCUGGUCUUCCACAGACAGCAUUAGAUAUGAACAAAAUUCAAUAUAAUAAGGAUGUAGGGCAAUCAAUUCUUGAAAGCUACUCGAGGGUGAUGGAGAGCUUGGCCUUCAACAUUAUGGCAAGAAUAGAUGAUGUCCUCUAUGUUGAUGAUGCUAUCAAGCGCUGUGCUGCGGCAGAAACAAUUUCCCUUUUCAGCCGGAGCAGUUUGAGUGGUCUUCCAAUCCAGAAGCGAAUGUCUCCGAGUCCCUUCUCAAUUCAGCACAGCCCUUAUGCCUCUCCUUUUGCAACGCCAACCUUCUGUUCUUCAACUCCACUCACUGGGAGCCCAGGAAGGGCAGCUUCCUCUUUGAAGAGAAAUGGUCUUAAGGAGGAACCUGACUGGAAGUUGGAAAAAGCAUAUGGGGCUGAAUUCGAGAGGGUGUGGUCAUAUACGGGGAGCCUUAGCGCAAGAAGAAUUUCUGAAAAUGCUCCUGAGAGAGAUUGAUAUGAAGAGAUUCAUGACCCUUUGUGAGAUAAAGUUUCUGUGUUCUAUGAAUAGUAGAAAAGAAGUUGCACAGUUUCGUUGGGUGGCUGACAGGUUAAGAGAAAAUUGGUGAUCUAAUCUUUUGUAUAUUUCUUAGCAGUAGAAAUAUCAAAGUUUUGAUUUUUUUAAUAUUUUUUUUUCAACUUCAAAUCGUGUUAGUCAAAGGGAGAAGAUUAUGCUUUAA